AUGGAGUACAGUAUAUAUUCUAACGAUCAUGACACAAAUCAAGUUAUUUUGACUGCUUUAAAUGAUUUAGAAAAUACAUUUUUCGUUGAAUGUUCAGAUUCCGAUGAAGAAAGUAAUCCUACCAGUAUAUCAGAUAACAGUGAUGAUAAUGAAGAAAUUCUUAACAUAGAUGAUGAUAUUAAUUUAAAUAGAUUAAAUAAAUUUGAAUUUAUAGAAGUUCCUGAUAAUUAUAUUGAAGAUAAAGUUUAUGAUGAUUUGAAAUUAACAGUUAAUAUCCGUUAG